CUAGAAGCACCUCAGAGCUCCAACAUCUGGAGGUGAGCGCUCGAUGACGGGAGGAACGUGGAUCUUCUGACAUUUCUUCCGGAAAGUUCUUUUUUUUUCUCGUUUUGAGGAGAAUAAACGAGAUGUUGUGCUCCAGCGGGGUUCUCCACAGGUUCUUCCUGGCUCUCGUCCUGCUCUGCUCGCCGGUGCCGCACGAUGGCCGACCCGUGGAUGGCCUCAGCAGCAGAAUGCGGCGCUCGGUGACACACGCUCAGCUCAUGCACGACAAAGGCCGCACGCUGCAGGACUUCAAGCGUCGCAUGUGGCUGCAGGAACUUUUGGACGAGGUCCACACGGCCGCGAUACGAGACCUCCCACCCAGGACCCCCUUCGGCGGAGUCGGGCUCCCGGGGUCGGACCCGAGCACCCCUGGCGGCACGCCGCACUCCAAACCCCCCGGAGGUAGCAAGAACCUGCCCGCGGGUUUGGGCCUGGAGGAAGAGUUGGGCGCCAACCUGCCGCAGGAGACGUACAAAGAUGGCGGCCUCAAGGCGCCCGGCAAGAGGAAGAAGAAAGGAAGGUUAGGGAAGAGGCGGGAAGGAGAGAAGAGGAAGCGCAGGGCGCGCUCGUUAACAUGGCCUGAGGAUGAAGCAGGAAGUGGUCUCCAGCUGGCGUGGCGGUCUAUCCUCCUGCAGCUUUGAACGCGGUCUCUGACGAAGGUAUACCAAUGGACUCCUAAACAUCUGUUUGGAAAGACCAGAUAUUUAUUGUGUGUAAAUAGUGUAGUACAAUACAACUCCUAUAAUUUAUUUGCUCUGUAUUUAUUUGAUAAAUGUAUAUUUUUAUACCAUCAUGCACUUUACACAGAUAUUACUUCACCUUCUUGCUCCGCCCACAUCGUUUGGUGACGUCCAAAGGUCACGUGGACACCUUCUUUUGGUUUUCACACCUGCACUGAAAACACAUUAAA